UCUAGGAGCGUGGGCCGGCCUCCCUAGCCAUCUGGCGUCACUUCCGGCCUGCAGGUGUGCCUCGCCAGGCCGUCCAGUUUCAGGCAUGACCUUACCGUCCACCGUCCACCUGGGACUCCCGCCUCCCGGCCGCCCGUAUCGCCUGGCCCUCGUCGCCGGGCCCUACCGCUACUACCACUACGGCUGCGACGGGGUGGAUGACCGAGGCUGGGGCUGCGGCUACCGGACCCUCCAGACGAUGUGCUCCUGGCUGACGGCCGCCAGGGGAGGAGGAGAAGAAGGAGCCGCCGUCCCGUCCCUGAAGGAGAUCCAAGAGGCCCUCGUGGAGAUGGGGGACAAGCCCGCCUCUUUCGCCGGAUCCCGGGACUGGAUCGGUACGGUAGAAGCCGCCCUCUGCUUGGAUCGUUUCUACGGCGUGCCGGGGAAACUCCUCCACGUCCGCGUGGGCCGAGAUCUGGAAGGGGAGCUGGAGACGUUGUACGCCCACUUUCGGGACGGCGGGGGCCCCGGGAUGAUGGGGGGAGGCCGGGACAAUGCCUCCAAGGGCCUGCUGGGGGUCUGCUCCGGCCCCGAAGGGCACCACCUGCUCGUCCUGGACCCUCACUUCUACGGCGGAGCGGGCACGCUCAGCCGGCAGGACGCUCAGGCGCAGGGGUGGGUUUCGUGGCGGGCGCUCGGCUCCUUCGAAGAGACCUCCUUCUACAACCUGUGUUUGCCCCAGUUCUGGGCCAAAAAGUUGGGCCAGGCUGCCAAGAAGGCUAGUUAAAGUUGCCAAGAAAUAGUACAAAACCCAAAGAGUCUCCGAACCCCAA